AAUUCUGAGGAAACUAGCAUCAAGCUACCGCUUAGAAGAUGGAAUACUGAAAAGCAUACAAAUAAGAGUAGAAAAUUUAGAGAAGCAGAGAAUAUAUUGCUUAAAUUGACAUUAAAAAGGUGAGAAACCUCUGACCUCACCAAAUUCCGAUCCCUUCACAUCUCAUCGACGGUUGCCACUAUAAUUUGGAAAUCAAAACCCUGGCACAAAGGAAAAAAAAUAUAUAGAUUUGAGUGAAUCAAACCAACAAAAGAAAAAAAAAGGCGAGAGAGAGAGAAAGAGAGAAUCAAGCAGGCCCAAUCUCCAAACCCUGAUUUCCCAUUGCUAGUGCUGGUGCUGUUCUUGUUCUCCAUGAGAUUCCAAUCGAUUUUCUUACAUACUGUUUGGAUUGGAGGUGUAGGACAGAAAGGGAGGAGAAGGGAUGGGGAAGAUAAUAAGGGAGGGGGAGUGAGGGGAGGUUGUCUCCUUCCUCCUGUUCGGAUUUUCAAAGAUGCAGAAGGGGAGGAGAAGGGGCUCGCAACGUUGUGGGGUUAGGGAUUUGUUAUAAUUCGUGGUGUAUAUAUUGCAGUUUUAGUUGUAAAUAUGUGAAAGAAUGAUGGGCAAAAUAGGAAGAUGAUAAUUUUCAUUAAAGAUGCGGAGAAGCUCACCCAAAAGCACAAAUUUUUUGCUUCUCCAUUUUUCACUUCCCAAAAGCUCAAAAGACCUUUUCAUCUGCUGGAGCUGUUUGGUACAGCUUGUGAUUCUACAACUGAAAAGGAUUUUUCAGCAGCUCUACCAAACACAGACUAAGAAGGAUGUUCGUGCAACUGAAGCUUUUGAACUUUAAAAGCAUUUUUCACCAGCUGCACUAAACAGGCACAUAUCAU